AUGUCGCAACAUCCGAGUGAUUCUGAUAAAUUUGUUCAACCUGCUGUUCCUCACUUUGAUGGUCAUUAUGAUUAUUGGAGCAUGUUGAUGGAAAAUUUCUUAAGGUCAAAAGAAUAUUGGUCUGUCGUUGAGGAUGGAAUCCAAGAGCUAGAAGACUCAAAGAAAAAGAAGUAUCAAGGCAAUGUAAGGGCAAAGCGUGCACUGCUUCAAACCUUACGAGGGGGAUUUGAGAAUUUGCGCAUGAAGCCAGGAGAGACUAUUUCAGAUUAUUUCUCCAAAAUAAUGACAAUCGUCAAUAGGAUGCGUACGCAUAGAGAAAAGCUUGAAGAUGUUGCUGUCAUUGAAAGAAUUUUACGAUUCUUGUUACCGAAAUAUAAUUUUAUUAUCUGCUCAAUUGAGGAAUCAAAAUACCUCGAUGCUCUUUCCGUUGAUGAGUUAGAGAACUCAUUAAUAAUUCAUGAGUCAAAAUUCAUUUUACAGGAGAGUGAAGAGCAAGUGUUGUAUGGUCAUUACCGUAGUGAAUGCUAUACCAACCUGAAUGGAAACAGUGACGGAGGUCGAGGCCAUUGGAGAGGGAAUGGUAGAGACUGUGGCAGAGAAAAGGUAAAUUUUGCACCAGUAACUGAUAAACCGGAAGAGGAAGAAGUUACCCUAUUAAUGGUGUGUGAUUCGAAUGAAGAGACUCAAAAGAAUUUAUGGUAUCUUGAUACAGUAAAGUUUGGUGACAACUCUCUUAUUUCUGUCCAAGGACGAGGAAAGGUAAAGAUCCAAACAAAGUUCUCAUCUGUCCAAAGUUUUUGUGAUGUUUUCUAUGUUCCGGAUCUAAAGACAAAUUUACUUAGCGUGGGUCAACUCCAAGAAAAGGGUUAUGAGGUGAUUAUCAAGGAUGGAGUGUGCAAGAUCCAAGACGUCAAUCUUGGGUUAAUUGCUAAAGUCACCAUGACGGCCAAUAAAAACCCUGCACAUGCUGUUCAAAAUAUGACACCGGAAGAAGCUUGGUCAGGUCGACAACCGGAUGUGCAUCAUUUCAGGGUGUUCAGAUGUGUUGCUUAUUCUCAUGUGCUGGAUCAGAAGAGGACAAAGCUUGAUGACAAGGCUGAGAAUGAUGAGAUCACAGAACCAGCAAUGGAACAACAUACAGCUAAAGCAAAUCAACAAAACGGGCAUGAUUGUGAUCCUGUGAAUUUCGACUAUGCUUGUAAAGAGUUGAAAUGGAAGGAAGCUAUGAAUGACGAGAUUGUUGCAAUUGAAAAGAACAACAUUUGGGAGUUAACUGAUCUUCCAAGAGGAUAA